AUACCUUCAACCUUCCUAACCGCUGGAGAUGCUCACAGUGUUGCACAUGCUCUCUCUCCGUCAUCUUCCUCUCUGUUCUCAGAUUUGAUCCGUCGAAAGCAAAAGCAAAACCAAAAUCGAUAUCCUUCGUCUUCUUCUAUCCGUCUUUUCUGCAACAACAACAACUCACCUAAGCCCUUUCUCCUCUCUCUUAGAUUCGCCACCUCUAGUUCUUCUUCCUUUGUCGCUCCUCUCAAAUUAUCUACCACCAAUCACGCUCUGACCUCGAACCGACUCCAAAGGCGCCAUUUCUGGCUCCAUUCGAGCCGUCAAUUUCGGUCAUUCCCGGCGGUAACGGCAGCUCUGUUGAUGACAAAUUUGGUUGGCUUUAGUCUUCUUCAAGAGCUAGGAAUCAAUGAAAUCAUCAAGGUGACAAGAAGCGAUGACAAAGACAACGAGGGCAUAGCAAAUGAGCAAGUAGUCGCCAAGCUCAACAACGAGACCAACCAUUCAACUUUCGCCAUCAUUGAUUUCUAUAAAGCCUUCUUGACCAUCUUCAAGAACAAAGGAGAGAACCCAGACCAAAACUGUGAGAACAGCCACAAACACAGCUUCAACCGUUAA